UUGUGCAGGUUGCAGUCAGGUGAUUUCGCGGUAUUGAUCGGAAUUCCACGAUAGGGACAUCUGCUGGGGCGAAGCGCAACCGUGCUUCCAGAUGAGAAGAAAAUCUGUCCUUUUAAAAUAUGGCCGUGCUGUUUCGCAAUACAAAUUAGCAUAAUGUCACUCUUAAUUUAGCAGUAAGAUCAGUGGUGUCAAUUGUAGCAAAUUUUUGCAGCCAACUCUUAACCAAAAUAUUUUCGAUGCGAUUUCACUCUAACACAGUUCAGGGGUUUCAACACCAACUUACCCCCUUUUUUUCUUAUUUAAGCAAAUUUAAUUAUUUUUUUUAAGCAUAUAAGUGGUUUCUUUUAAUUUUCAAAACAGAUAUUUUUUUUCAGGGACGUUUAGGCAACUUACAAUACACUGGUGUUUAUAUUGUGGCCUGUCACCCGACAGGUGUUUGACAAUAAGACAGAUGACAGCAAACAAAUUUAAAAAUCUAACCCCACUUUUCUAGUCUGUGAUUAUUUAUUUAUUUAUUUUAGCAACAAUAUCUGUAUAUAAUGCAAGUUGAAGAUUUUAUACAAGCUUGAAGCACCGACUUUUAUAAUAUUUAUUCAAUAAUUUGUAAAUAUGAUGAAUGAUACAUUCGACAACUUUACUUUUAGUCACAUCACAACAAACAUCGAAAAAACUGAUCUUCCGCAAGAGAAAACCAAUGAAAUCUCUUUCGACGACUCUCUGUUCCUCAACUCGCAAGAAUUUUCCGUGUUACGAAACGCCGAAACGGAGAUAGAAAAAAUUGAAAAAAACACUUCAAUAUUUGAUGGGUUCCUCAACUCUGAAUCAUUCACCACAACCCAAAAUAACACUUCGUGUGACUUAUUUGAGAAAAACUCGUCCCUCGUGGAAAAUUUCCUUGAUUCUUCGGUAAAUGUAACUGACAGAACACCUCAGGAGACCCCUAAACAUGGUAACGAGGAAAACGACACGUCUCAAGAUGAUUUGUUCGACGAGGCCGACCCCCACAUCCUCAAGUUGUCUUCCUGGGGGCUCCCCGACUCCAUUCUGGAAAAAUACACAUCCCGAAAAAUCGCCACGAUGUUUCCGUGGCAAGCCGAAUGCUUAAAGAACCCCCGAGUGCUCAAACAACACGCAAACCUCGUUUAUUCGGCCCCCACUUCAGCCGGUAAGACUCUCGUAGCUGAAAUUCUAGCAAUUAAAACCGUCCUCGAGCGCUCAAAGAAAGUAAUUUUUAUCCUGCCUUUUGUGUCAGUGGUGAGAGAAAAAAUGUUCUACUUCCAGGAUAUUUUUAGCGGGAGUGGGGUCCGAGUGGAGGGUUUCAUGGGCUCGUAUAACCCCCCUGGAGGCUUCAAGUCGGUGCACUUCGCCGUGUGCACCAUCGAGAAAGCCAAUAGCCUCAUCAACCACUUUCUCCAAGAAGGAACUUUAUCGGAAAUCGGCGCCGUGGUUAUCGACGAGAUGCACCUCCUCGGGGAGCCCAACCGUGGCUACAUCCUCGAGUUAUUGUUAACCAAGCUCAAGUACGUCUCUUUGAAGGACAGCACCGUCGACGUACAAAUAAUCGGGAUGUCUGCCACCCUCCCGAACUUACAAACUUUGUCCAAGUGGCUCGACGCCGAGCUGUACGUGACGAACUUCCGCCCCAUUCCUUUACACGAACUGGCUAGCGUCGCCGGCGACAUCUACGACUCUAAUUUCAAGCUCGUGCGGAAAAUCGCGCCCCUUCCGGACCUGGACACCGACACCGACCACAUCCUCCAGCUGUGUCUUGAAACCAUCAAAGACAACUGCUCCGUGUUGAUCUUCUGCCCCACGAAAAACUGGUGCGAGAAUCUCGCUCAGCAGAUAUCCGCCGCUUUCUGUAAGCUCGGACGCGGCACGAGUCAGAUCGGAGUAGAUUUACGCAGCCAGCUUAACAGCGAGCGCAUCUGCGAGCUACUGGAGCAGCUGAAGCGGUGUCCCGUUGGGUUGGACCCGGUGCUGUGUAGGACCGCGUCCUUCGGGGUGGCCUUCCACCACGCUGGACUCACUCUGGACGAGAGGGACAUCGUCGAGGGUGCUUUCCGUGGCGGAGUGGUCCGCGUGCUGGUGGCCACGUCGACGCUGUCCUCCGGGGUGAACCUCCCGGCGCGCCGGGUGAUCAUCCGGACCCCGGUGUUCCACGGAAAAGCUUUGGACGCGUUGGUGUACCGCCAGAUGAUGGGGCGGGCCGGGAGGAUGGGGAAAGACGCGUGCGGUGAGAGCAUCCUGGUGUGCCAAAAGCACGAGGAGAAGCAUGCGAGGGGGCUAAUGACGGAGGCGCUGCGCCCCGUGGAGAGUUGUCUAGAGGGUGACGGGAAGUUGAAACGGGCUAUUUUGGAAGUGGUGGCAAGCGGUGUGGCGUCGUCGCCGGGGGACGUGGAGCUCUUCGCCGGGUGCACGCUCCUGGCGCAAAGCGGCUCCGAUAAUCCGAUUGCUGACGCUCUGGACUUCCUGGUGAAGAACGAGUUCGUGCGGUUAGUGGAGCUGGAGAAGUAUGUAGCGACGGGAUUGGGGAAGGCGUGCUUGUCGGCGUCGAUGCCACCGGAGGAUGGUCUAGCGUUGUUCACCGAGCUGGAACGAGCACGGCAAUGCUUUGUUCUCGAGACGGAGCUCCACUUGAUCUACUUGGUCACUCCAUAUAGCGCGUGCCACCAAUGGGGUAACGUCGACUGGAUGUUUUAUCUAAACCUAUGGGAAAAACUACCCCCCAGUAUGAAAAAAGUGGGGGGGUUGGUGGGGGUUCGUGAGAGCUACAUCGUCAGCGCCACUCGAGGGAAACCACAAACCAACACCUCCAAGCUCUACCACACCUACAUGGUGCACAAGCGCUUCUUCGUGGCUUUGGCGCUCCAGGACCUCGUCAACGAAACCCCUCUGUCUGACGUCUGCGCCAAGUUUAGUUGCAACCGAGGAAUGCUACAAACGCUGCAACUUACAGCCGCCACGUUCGCCGGAAUGGUCACUUCUUUCAGUAAACAGUUGGGGUGGUCCAGUGUGGAGAUCUUGAUUUCGCAAUUCCAGGACCGGCUUCAUUUCGGAGUCAGUCGCGACUUGCUAGACUUGAUGAAACUACCAAUCCUAAACGGGAGAUGCGCGCGCGCUCUCUAUAACGCAGGUUUGGAAACGCUGGUCCAAAUCGCCAAUUGCGACGCAAACACCAUCGAGACGGUCCUGCGUAAGGUGGUACCCUUCGAAAGCGAGAAACUCCGAGACGGGGAGACGGAGUUGGCCAUGAAGGAGCGCCACAAACUCAAAAACAUCUGGAUCGUGGGCAAAGAAGGUCUGACGGAGAAGGAGGCGGCGGAGCUACUUUUGACAAGCGCGAGGGAGUACUUGAGGAUGGAGAUGGGUUUGAAGGAGGCCAAGUGGGACACGAAAGAUACAUGUUCACACUCUUCAGAUGAAAGUUUGUUUGAAAACAGUCUCAUUCUAGACGUGACCAGAGUCAGUUUGAGCUCGACCGGGGAUUUUGUGGCGACGUCGCAAGACGAGAGUUUUUUCACACCGAAGACGCCGAGGAAGCGUCUACGAAGAGGCAAAGAGAAUGUCCAGGUGGGGGAAAGCCCCAUGAAGAAGAGUAGAACGGAAGAAGAAGUGUCAGAGUUUGAAAUCGUGAAUGUCUGUAAUAGCGAGAGUGUUUUCAAGUCGUUUUGUAACGAAGCGAGGUCUCAGGAGGUGGUUUCAGUGGCGGUGGGGUGCAGCGAAGUCGAGGAAAACAAGCGCACGAUUGGACUGACUCCUGCGGAACAGAGAAAAGACAAAUUCAUAGACGGCAACCGGAAGGUGGAAGGGUUCGCCAUCUCGUGGGACGGGCACACGUCAUACUACCUUUGUCUUUCCAAGAUGGCAGACUGUAUUCCUUUUGUUCGUUCUUUGUUAGGUAAACAAGAGCUAAGCGUGCGCAUGUACGACUCCAAAGAGCACAUUAAAGUGUUGAAAAAGUGUUGCGCGGUGGACGUUCUCGCGCACGUUGAAGAUCCAAAGAUUGCCGACUGGUUGUUGGAACCCGACGGACGCGAAAAGACCCUUCUGUCAAUGGUCUCCCUCUACUGCCCGACGUUCUCCAAAGUGUCUCAACUUUGCGGAAUCACCAAAAGCGUAGGCAGCCCCUCUCUCGACCUCCGCAGCGGUGUCGACCCAAGACUCCGCUCCUCCGUGGAAGCUCUGCUCGCCUUCCACCUCACCACAUCCCUCAAACAACGCCUCACUUCAAACCUCGCCGAAGCUUACAAUACCGAGACCUGCGUCGUACGCAUCCUCGCCCAGAUGGAACUCGCUGGACUCCCUGCCCACAAGUCUGCGCUGACCCACCUCGUGCACACCCUCGCCCGCGAACAACGAUCCGUCGAAGACAAAGCUUUCGCUCUAGCUGGACGCCGCUUCGCCUUCGCCUCCACCAAAGACAUCGCCAAAGUGCUGGGGCUCAAGCGCAGCACCCGCAAACAAGUGUUGGAGAGCAUCGACAACCCGAUUGCCGACUUGGUGCAGCGGUGGCGCAAAAUUCAUUGCACCCUCAGCAAGCUGGUGCAGCCGUUGGUGCGCGCGGUGCAGGACGGGCGGAUUCAUGGGUGCUGCAUCACACAUACGGCCACGGGCCGCAUCACCAUGCACGAGCCUAACCUGCAGAACGUCACGAAGAAGUUUGAUAUAGAAGGUGUGGAGAUUAGUUGUCGCGACGCAUUCGUGGCUCCGGCUGGGAAGGUGUUGGUUUCUGCGGAUUAUUGUCAGUUGGAGCUGAGGGUGCUGGCGCACCUGUCGGGGGACGAGCGGCUGCGAGGAAUCUUGCGGAAGAAGGGAGAUGUGUUUCGGGCGGUGGCGGCGAAGUGGAAUGGGCUGGAGGAAGGGGAGGUUACGGAUGAUUUGAGACAACGGGCCAAGCAGAUUUGUUAUGGGAUUAUUUAUGGGAUGGGGUCCAAGGCAUUGGGGGAGCAGCUACGGGUGAACGAGGAGGAAGCGGCGGUUUUUAUGGAGACGUUUAGGAGUGCGUAUCCAGGGGUGAAAGACUAUGUUAAGGGGGUGUUGGAGAGCUGCAGGAAGGACGGAUUCGUAGAGACGGUAGCGGGGCGCCGAAGGUAUUUGCCCCACAUCAACCACCGGAACGGGGUUAUACGCAGUCAAGCUGAGCGACAAGCUGUCAACAGUACCAUUCAAGGCUCGGCCGCCGACAUCGUCAAGACUACCAUGGUGGUCUUGGACCAGAAAUGUUCCACUCUGAAACCACGCCCCCAACUGGUACUACACCUACACGACGAGCUCCUUUUCGAAGUACCCAGUAGUACUUUAAGUACGUUUGCGAACACCUUGAAAACCACCAUGGAAGAGUCCGUCCAGCUGUCCAUUCCGUUCCCGGUGAAAGUGAAAUCCGGUCCUUCCUGGGGCCAAUUGACUGACUACCCCUGACAUUUCGCCCCCAUUUACUACUACUACAUCGUAUUGUUGUAAUUGCAUUUUGUUUGCUUAUUGUGCAGGUCCACAAAUGAAACACCAAAGUAAUUUUACAA